AUGCACUUAGAAUUAGUUAGUAGCUUGUCCACGGAAGCUUUUUUGGGCGCCCUUCAGAGAUUCCUAUCCCGAAGAGGUCGCUGCACAGACAUAUAUAGUGAUUGUGGAACCAAUUUUGUUGGUGCUAGCAAAGAAAUUAAAACUAUGUUUGAAUCCGCAGUUGAACAUGAAAAUAUUCAAUGGCAUUUUAAUCCGCCCGCUGCCCCGCAUUUUGGGGGACUUUGGGAAGCUGGUGUCCGUUCAGUAAAAACGCAUUUAGGUCGAGUAAUCGGACAACAAGUCCUGACUUUUGAGGAAUUAUAUACGACCCUGACCUUGAUUGAAGCUGUAUUAAAUUCACGUCCGCUCAAUCCCAUCAGUUCGGACGUCGAAGACAUUAAUGCGCUAACCCCUGGUCAUUUUUUAACUUUAGAGCCAUUGAACAGUUUACCUACGCCGAACUUUACUGCUGUACCAAUUAACCGUCUCUCUCGUUGGCAACUUUUACAACGAUUGCAUCGCGAUUUUUGGAACAGGUGGCAUAAAGAGUAUUUACAUUCGCUUCAACAACGCCAGAAAUGGCUUAAUUCCUCUGCCGCUCCUUCUCUAGGAACGUUAGUUAUUAUAAAAAAUGAAAAUGCUCCUCCAUGCCAAUGGACCUUAGGUCGCAUAAUUUCGUUAAGUGAGGGGACGGAUGGUGUGGUGCGGGUGGCUCUGGUGAGGACAGCUAAGGGAACUUUGCAGCGUCCUUUAGUUAAAUUAUGUCCUUUACCCAGCAAUUAA